AUGUCAAACAUGCCCAAGGUGACCAACAAGCAGCCGGCGCCGAUGCAGAUCACCGCCGAGCAGAUCCUGCGCGAGGCGCGCGAGCGGCAGGAGGACGAGCCCUACACGGCGCCGGCGCAAAAGGUGAUGGACCCGGAGGAGCUCGCGGUGUACCGGAUGAAGGAGCGGAAGCAGUACGAGGACCGGCUGCGGAUGAACCGCAACGCGAUGGGCGCGUGGAUCAAGUACGCCGCCUUCGAGGAGGCGCAGAGAGACUUUGAGCGCGCGC